GCUGGGGUGGGUCUCAUAGAUUGUAUCAAGUUCCCUCUUGCGGUGCAUGCAUGACAAGAUGCUGGAAUCUUUCCACUUGGCUAGCUAGAUCGGUUUCAGUUGUUGCCUCAGCAGAUAGGGACUAGACGGUCAGUCGAUCAAUUCGAUACGGUUAGUUAUAGAGGCCACACCCCGGCCUUCUUCAGUCUCCGAUCCUCUCUAUAAAACUAACGGAGGUCUCCCAAGUCCCAACGAACUCCAGCCACACUAGCUGGCUCCAGAGAUUCGACAGCACAAAAAUUCCUAGCUGAUCCAGCCAUACGUCUCGCUCGCUCGAUCAAUCGGUUGGUACUUUGUUCGAUCGAGCAGUUGAAUUGAUCGAUGGCAUUGAGAGAGAUCGAGUGGACGUUACCCCCGGGGUUCAGGUUCUACCCCAGCGACGAGGAGCUGGUGUGCCACUACCUCCACAAGAAGGUGGCCAACGAGCGCAUCGCGCAGGGGACGCUCGUCGAAGUCGAUCUCCACGCGCGCGAGCCAUGGGAGCUCCCAGAGGUGGCCAAGCUGACGGCGAGCGAGUGGUACUUCUUCAGCUUUCGGGACCGAAAGUACGCAACGGGGUCGCGCACUAACCGCGCCACCAAGUCUGGCUACUGGAAGGCCACGGGCAAGGACCGCGAGGUGCGCAGCCCCGCCACGCGCGCCGUCGUCGGCAUGAGGAAGACGCUGGUGUUCUACCAGGGGAGGGCCCCCAACGGGAUCAAGUCCGGCUGGGUCAUGCACGAGUUCCGCCUUGACGCCCCGCAUUCUCCACCAAAGGAGGAUUGGGUGCUCUGCAGGGUGUUUCAGAAGACCAAAGGCGACGGCGACGGCCACGACGGCGUCAGCGGUGCCUCCUCCUCGCCCACCUUCGCCGGCUCGUCGCACGCCAUGCCGGAGCAGGGUCACCCUGUGUCAGGCGGCUACUGCUACGGCCCCGGCUUUGUGCCGCAACAGGAGGUUGCCGUGCUGCCACAUUACGGCGGAGCUGCUGUUGAUCACCACAGUGUCCCGCAGGACGGCGCGCUGCCGGGAUUUGGGUUUGGCACGAGGGGAGCUGCUGGAGACCAGUACGGGUUUGGUUACUUCGACGUGGGCGGCUUCAACGACAUGGCGAGCCUUGGAGGAGGCAUGGGGUUCCCACAAGGGUGGAACUGAUGGUGCGUCGCUCACAUGAAGCCCUUCUUCUUUACAGAGACUAUUGCUAUGGGAUUGAUUAAUUCUAUUGAUUGUUUAUAUACAAAUGGGGUUUGAAAGAUAUAUAGAUUAAUUUGGGUUUGGAAAUGAUGUGAGCUGGUGAGAAGAUCAAUCGUGAACGCGAAAUCAGAUGUAAACUAAGUAUUGGGAAAUCCUUCCAUAUGUAAAUUAAUGUAUUACUAAUUGAGUCCCCUAUUGUCGGCGAAAAAUCCGAGUCUCCUGAAUAAAA